CUAUCCUCGUGCUUGCAUGGUUCUCCUUGUCUCACUCUAAAGUUUACAUUUAUUGAAAAUAAAUUUCAGAUAGAAUUGAUCCCUAGCAAAAAAAACCACCCCCUUUAUAUCUGAAAUGCAUUGUAUCAUCAAAAAUAAGGGUGAAUUUUCGGCCAUGGUGGAAAAACGAGACCCUCUUCUGUACAUCAUGUGGGCGAUUUUAGCCGUUAUGUUUAUCGGGCUAAUUUUCAUCGAAAGAUCAAGUUCCAUUGAAAGUGCAUCAGAUUCAAUUGGCAAAGAAGACAAGGUGGCACUCACGGAUUACCUUAACGAGACGGUUUCAACGUUCGAAAUGUUCCAGAAUAACAUCUCCAAAGCGAUGGACCUGCUGAACCGGUUUGAGACACGACAGAAUCAAACUCUGGAGAAAAUUGAGACACGACAGAACCAAACUCUGGAGAAAAUUGAGACACGACAGAACCAAACUCUGGAGAAAAUGGAGAUUCGCUUGGAGAAAUUGAAUGCAUCUCAAAAUGAAGAUAAAGCUGUCUGCUCUAAUCCUGCAUCAUUCUACGUGAACAAAAAGUCUGGCCUCAGCAACUUACUCGUUAUGGGGACUCAUGCUGACGGGUCCACUUAUUUUGGAUGUCGUGUGAGGGUCGACGCCACUGACCUGCUGGGGACUUACAACCUCAAAUUCGAGUCGUGCUAUUAUGCACGUUGGGGAGCUGAAUAUGUGUACAGUGGGGACGACAUUGACGUCUUCACGAAUCGUCACAAUGCCAAUCUGAUGUGGAAAAGAAGCAUUGAUUCACUACGAGAAGUUGUUGUUGGUGGAAGAUCAAGCAGUGGGAGUGACGUCCUUGUCAUUCGAUGCCGACACGCUCAUGGUGGAAAUGGGGCAAAUACCUCUUGGAUUCCUGGAUAUUUUCAAAAUGGUGAAGCCGUCUAUAAUGUGGCUGGUAAAAAAUAUUCUUGCAAUCCUGCAAAUCUUGAAUUUUUGACCUGUUAACUAUUUGAUCAGGUUCAGACCUAUCUUCAUUACAUAUGCAUGCAUGUGUUUGUUAGGUAGUGAAAUAUUUUUAAUUCAUUAAAAACUUUAAUAAUUAGUAAGUUAUCCUGUAAUAAAUUAUACUUAAAAUGGAAUUGCAUACUCAACUAAAACAUAUAUUAUUACAUUUUGUACUUUUAUUUGCUUGUACGUAUUACAAUUUAAUUCUUUAUAAUGAACCAUUGGUAAAUUCAUCUCAUAAAAAUAUUAACUGUGUAAGCGCGACAAGCGUUCUACCUUUACACACUAGACUUGUAAAUUCGAAAUAUUGAUGCAGCAGGAGAGCCAUUGCUUCUCGAAAUUUUAGUUGAAAUAUUGCAAACUGUAGAGUCAUUCCGGUCACGAGGAAGAUAUCAGUGUAAAACAUAAUCCAUUCGAACAUUAGAAAUAAAUAGACGUUUGCCAGAAACUGAAAAA